AUGCAGCAUCCAUACUAUCAACAGCAACAACAGCCACAAUCAACAGAUGGCUUUUACUUCUAUCAACCACAAGAUGAGAGCGGUCAAACACUAUCAUAUGAUCCAAUGGCCUCUAUGCAAACAAACACAACUACUACGACUACACAUCCCGCACCUCCCAAGCAUAAUAAUAAUAAUAAUAAUAUUAAUAUUAAUACUAAUACUACUGCGACACACUUUUAUCAUAGUUCAGAGGAUUAUUAUCAUCAUUCAUAUGAACCCCCACAAUCACAACAACAACAACAACAACAACAACAACCAUAUACACAUGUAAUGACGGUGGGAGUAGCCACACCGCCAACAUCCCGCACAGACUCCUGCGGUUCUCUCAAGCCGUUCGGUGUGGACUCUAAUCCACAAAGCUCACAAGAUAGUCCCCCACACAAACAACGUGGACAAAAGACAUUAUCUUCAUCCUCCUCCUACAAUAACACCGUACCACAACAACAACAACAAUCUCAACAACAAUAUCCAUUACAACAACCACAACAACAACAACUAUUUCAACAUCAAAGAGUUCCAUCACCGCCGGUAUUUCGCGAUCAUGCCCCAACAGUUCCUCAGCCGCAGUAUCAUCCACAGAUAUAUCAUCAACAGGAACCACCAACAUCAGUACAGUCACCGCAAAUGCCAACAUCAUCAUCAUCAUCUCCACUUCCUUCACUACUACGCGGGGGUUUUGUUUCGCAUAUACUAAACAUGUUAUUACCGCAGGAUGAGAUGAAUGUGAAUACAUAUGGUGGAAAUACCGCAGCGGUGGAAUCUAUUCCACUUCAUCGCAUUCGCUUUGGUUAUCCAGAAGAUGAUAUUCCACUAUUGCAGGAAUUAGGUAUAUUCCCUCAACACAUUCGCAGUAAGGCGUUAGCGGUGUUAAAUCCAUUUAAAUCCAUGUCUCAAGAGGCAGUGGAGGAUACAGAUCUUGCGGGUCCGGUGGUGUUUGCGAUUACAUUAGCCUUUCUUCUCUCACUGCGGGGGAAAUUGCAGUUUAGUACUAUUUACAGUCAUUCUGUGUUGGGUAUUAUCUUUACAAAAGUACUGCUCACAUUAAUGACAGAUCACGGUGUAUCUCUGCAGUUUGUGAUUAGUGCAUUAGGGUAUUGUCUUAUCCCAAGUGUGGUGCUUGCGGCCUUUCAAUCUUUAUUGUAUUGGAUGUUUGGAUAUGUUGGGAAAACAAUGUUGUUGCCGGCGUUAUUAAUUGUUUUCUGGUCUGCGUGGUGUGCGACGUCUAUGUUUGUAAAUGGACUUUCCAUGGAGAGACAACGGUAUCUUAUUAUGUAUCCUAUUUUUCUCUUUUAUGCAGUGUUUGCGGCACUCACGAUAUUUUAA